CAAAUACCAAUAGCAAAUAGCAGCCAUGGGGUAACACACACUAAAAUCACACACACAUAAAACAGACCAUUACUCUUUGUAUAUAAACACCAAAACACACACUCCCAAUCACAAGCUGCCACCUUCUUUAAUCACGUUGAAUGUCUUCCUUCCUCUUUCUAAUUCUUCUAUCUUUUGGUUUCAUCCACGAUCAGAAUUAAACCAGGGUAUAACCAGUUUGAGAUCAAAGCUUCCAUCUUUUUCAAGAUUUUCUUGAUUCUUGAUCAGAUCACGUUGAAGCACUACCAAUUAGCUAUAUGGAGACAUUGUCUCUAUCUUCCAAUACUUUGAGCAUGCAAGAAAACAAGAACACAAAAUGGACUAACGAACAGAACACAUGGUUCGAAAGUGCUCUUGCUAUAUUCGAUACCGAUACACCAGACCGGUGGUCAAAUGUCGCCGCUUUAGUUCCCGGGAAGUCAGAGAUCGAUGUCAAGAACCAAUACGAGAAAUUGAAAGCCGAUAUCAAUGAAAUCGAGGCUGAUAUGGUUCCCGAUCCCGGCUAUUUCACCUCGUCUUUUGAAGAUCACAGCUUCAGUAUCUUCGGAAAGAGGCCUCGAUCUUGUGAUCAGGAGAGACGUAAGGGUGUCCCAUGGACCGAAGAAGAACACAGGCGAUUCUUGGUGGGUCUUCAAGUUCAUGGAAAAGGAGACUGGCGAAGUAUUUCACGUAACUUCGUGAUGACAAAAACACCGACACAAGUCGCAAGUCAUGCGCAGAAAUACUACGCGAGACAACAUUCAGAUGGGAAAGAGAAGAGAAGACCUAGUAUUCAUGAUAUCACGAUCAUCAAUCAUCCUGACAACAGCGAGAGAUCUCCACCGUCGAUUAACAAACCCACUGGACUACCAAAGGACAUGCUACACUGGAAUAACCCGAGUGAUGAAACUGUAACAUCGAUGGCGUAUCCAUUUGAGAUUGCGAAAAUGAACAAGAAUGUCCGAGUUUACAACUCCGGACUCCGUUUGCAACCUACAAGGUACCAGGUUCAAGGUUGAGGAAGCAAAGAUUGUGUUUUUCAUUAAAAAAACAUGUUAAUAUGUAGUUAUAUGUACUUGUACUUUGUUUGUAUUUUUCGAUAGUUUGUUCUCAUGUCUCUAUCUUUAGUGAUUACUACGCGUAUGACAAGGAUGCAAGUUUCUAGAAGUAAUUAGGAACUCAAGAUCUGAGUAACCCAGCAAUGGAAAUGGAAUUGGCUAUAUACUAUUCAUGAAUCAUGAUCGGGUUCACACGUAUGAAAUGUGAAAUUCGUAGAUUGACAUGUGAAACCUAAUUUAAGGUGCCUUUCUUUAUCAAAGUUAUAAAGCAAAGUUGGCCUGUUCUGUUACUAAAGAAUUUAGAUGAGUCAUGUCUUUAUGUGUUUGCUAGAGUGCCAUGUCAGCGGCUGAGUCAACAUCCACUCUUGGGAAAUUUUAACGAAUAUUUAAUUUGUAAGCUUUUGUUUUCUAUUGGUACUCUUUUCACCAUAAUGUAUAGUAUAUAUGCACAGGAAUGUUGGCAUGUUGACUGUUGGCUUUAGAAUAGAGCUAGCUGAGUCUGCAUUCCACAAGCAUAUUGUGUUAUUAUGCUUUGAAAAUAAAUAUCUACUUAUUUAUUUUA